AUGGAACUUCUACAGGGCACCAGGUUGAAGAAAGCUGUUCCACCAUCCCAGGCUAUUAACCUCAGCAAAGUAGGUGAAUACUGGUGGAGUGCCGUUUUGGAAGGAGAAGAGCAGAUCGACAUCGAUAAAAUCAACAAGGAGCGCUCCAUGGCCACGGUGGACGAAGAGGAACAUGCAGUGCUGGACAGGCUGUCUUUUGAUUAUCAUCAGAAGCUUCAAGGCAAACCCCAGAGCCAUGAAAUGAAAGUCCACGAGAUGCUGAAGAAGGGCUGGGAUGCCGAAGGCUCUCCAUUCCGAGGGCAGAAGUUUGAUCCUUCCAUGUUCAACAUCUCUCCGGGGAACAUGCAUUUUUGAUAGUGGCAGCAAGUGAGGAGGAGGAGAAGGAGAACAUCGUGGCCUUCAUCCUUGGCACAAACCCGAUGCUACUGCCAGACUUUUGCAUCCGGUGCUAGAAGGGUCUCUUGUUAUCCCUGCUUGUUCUUUUGGGGGCUUGUUUGUAAAACGGCAAGGUUGUUAAAAAAAAAAAAAGGGAUUGGCAUGUGUGGGCUUGCUUUUGGGGAGGGGGCAGAGAGGGAAUCGAAGCGGGAACGUGGGUGUAAGUCCUUCCCUUUAGCUCCAGGUUGGUGCUUUUGAUAUUUAUGUGGGGGAAGCCUAGCGAAAGCAGCAUUACGCACUGUGUCACCACGGCAACCAGCAGCUGCUGGUAGCAUUUCCUUGUAUCCUUAAUGGAUUCAUUUGUUGCUUGGGGUGGGGAGGGGGGGGGAAGAAAAGGAGAGCUUGGUUGAAGGUAUUCCUCCUCCCCUUUUCAGAAAUAGAUGCAGCUGGGUGAAAUGGUGACAACUUCUCGCUGGCUUCCUUGAAACCACCUCCUCUGUGUGUGUGUGUGUGUGUGUGUGUGUGUGUGUGUGUGUGUGUUUGUUUCUGUGUCUUGUCUCCCCACUCUCCAGCUUUUAGGGAACCCAAAUGCAAGUGUGCUGGGCAGCAACAGUCCCUAGACAAUCUGCAAUCAGUGUCGUUUGAGCGUGAUCUAAAUUGUGGGUUUGGUCCUCGGGAGCCAAGGGGUGGGAGGGGGACAUUGGAGAAUCAGGCAAGUCUGUGGAAAGGAGCCAGUCCGGAAGGCGACACUUGUACCAGCGUUUCUAUGAUGGCCCACGAAGCCUGGCCAGUACGAAAGAGUGGUGGUGGGGGACACACUUCCAGGUUCUUCAUGCUGUGGUUUUGCUUGUGUUUUGUGAUUUAGAGAUCACAGAACCCCAGAAAACUGCAGCUCUUUCCUUCUGUGUCUCUCUCCUCCCCCUCCUCUCCCUCUCCUUUUUCCC